AUGGCUGGCUCAGAAAAGAAGGAGAAGGACAGUGUUCUGAGAGAGGCGGGCACACUGGAACGGAUCUACAAUGCCAACCACUUCUCCGGAUUCUACCCCUGCUUCUGCCUGUCGGCCCAGUACAAGCUCACGAAGGGACUUCAAGCCAGUCCCUCGGACUGGGAGCGGAUCAUUCGAUCGGCCGUCUCGUCGUUUGUCCUCGACCACGGCGCGCUUUGCAGUGGUGUCGUUGGGGAAGACGGUCAACACCCUACCUUCGUGCGCUCCGACACGCUGGAUUUGGCUCAGCUGGUGACUUUCUCCUCGGUGGACGAUGCAGAAGAUCUCGCAUGUGCCCUCACUCAAGCCUUGGAGGAUCUACACUCGCGGAAGUGGGGUCGUUUGCACGAGACCCCCGGGUGGAAGGUACUGCUUCUCGGGCCCCGGCAAGAAACGGACCAUGUCUUUGUGAUCUUCGCGGCACACCACGCCUUCAUGGAUGGUCAAGGGGGAAUGGUAUUUCAUCGAGAGCUUUCCAAGGCGUUGAGCUACGUGAGCAACACGACGGCAGUCUCAGUGAUCAAAGUGCCUUCCACGAUAAAACUCCACGCGCCUGUGGAGGAACUGAUGCCGGUUCCCACAACAUGGGGCUUUCAUGCCCAGAAUCUGUGGCAUUCAAUAUGCCCCUCGUGGCUGCGCAAUCCACUGUCUGAGAGCCCGUGGACAGGCAACCCCGUCACCCAGGAAUGCAUCUCCAGCUACAGAACGAAGACUCGAAUCCUCCGGAUCGGAGCAUCCGAGCUAGAGACAAUCCUGGAACAAUGCAGAUUGCAGCGCGCAACGCUGACCAGUCUCAUUCACGCGAUGGCCGUGGUUCUCCUGGCGACCCUAGUCCCCGCACAUAGCUUCCUUGGACAUACCCCAUACACAUUGCGCAAUUGGACCGGAAGCGAUCCGCUGAGAGACAUGGUCAACCAGACCUCGGACAGUAGCUGCUGUUACCAGCAGCACUGGCUUUCAGCAGUGAGAAAUUGCAAUGGCAAUCGAGAAGAAGAGCUUCCAGUGCUGUGGGAGAUCGCGCGAUUCCAUCGAGCGGAGCUCACGAGGGAACUUUCUCAGGUCCCCCUCAACAACGGGCUAGCAACUUUGGGACGACACACGGAUCGUCACAGGGCGAACAUGCGAUGCAUCGGCCAGGUGCGGCCCCUGACGUUUGAGGUUUCAAACCUGGGCAUGGUCAGGCUUGAAGGAAUGGAUUCCGCGAUCACACCUUCCACCUCCAUUCAGUCACAGCCAUCGCAGGAUCGCAUGGCCAUCACCAAUUUGACCUUCACACAGAGUGCCAUGGUCAACGCGGCAGCCUUGACGCUGAGUGUGGUGAGUAUGUCUGAUGGGCUCGCGAUUUCGACCUCGUGGCAGCCGGAAGCAUUGGAUGAGAACGUCGUGGGAAGAUUCUGUCACGGAGUCUCAGAGUGGCUGACAUCUCUUGGGACAAGUGCUGUUGGCAUUACUGCAUAA